UCAAGUGUGAGGCAUCUGAUUAAAAAGUUUGAAAGUUAAAAUGACAAAGGUGAGAAAUAGUGGUAAUGGUAAGAAAAACAAUGGUAUUUUGAGGCUUAGGUUAGUCCUGGAGAGAUUGCAAAAGGGUCUUUUCUUAGCCAAGAAAAGACGAGAGUCGUAUUCGAGCCAAGAAAUGGUCCCUAAAGACGUGAAAGAAGGUCACUUUGCUGUGAUAGCAUCCGAUGAUUAUGUCAAAAGGAGAUUUGUUAUUCCUAUCACAUACCUCCGUCAUCCGUCAUUUCUAAGACUCUUGGAGCGAGCCGCCGAAGAGUAUGGUUUUGACCAUGAAGGGGCACUUAUGAUACCUUGUAGACCUAGUGAGCUAGAGUGGAUGCUAGAGGAACAAAUCGGGUCUCAAGAUGGUGCAGAUUGGACUUCAUGUAAAACUAUGGUGGAAAGUUGUUGAAAUUGUGAACAAAAUGAUUUCAUAACAACUCCAAAACCUCAUUAAACGGUUUUUGGGUGCACCGAAAAGUUUUACAUCCAUGUAUAAUAUUACUUUUCUUCGGUUUACAUUGUUGGAGAAUGGUGAUCUAUUGGUCACUUCUUGUGCUUUGUUACUAGGCCAUUUACCAAUUUAUUUUUAAGUUUCAAAAAUAGUUUUUACUCAAUGUAUAAUGAUUAUAUUCUUACUUGUAAAGUCCGGAAACCAAUGCCCCAAAAUGUGUUGAUGAUACUUGAGGCGUUAGUCACCUAUCUAGUUUUCUCCUAUC